CGCCCCCCCCGACGUCGCCCACCUGCUGGCCCUCCUCCCGCCCGCCCCCUCCUCUCCGUCGCCGCGCACCUCGCCCUCCCCCCCGGUGGCUGCCGCUGCUGCGUCGGAGCGGGGCGAGGGGGCCGCUCCCUGCUCCCGGGGGCGGCGCACCAUGAGCGCCGGCGGGGGGCGGGUGUGCGACCUGUCCCGCAGGAACCCCCAGGAGGACUUCGAGCUCAUCCAGCGCAUCGGCAGCGGCACCUACGGCGACGUCUACAAGGCUCGGAAUGUUAACACAAGUGAACUGGCAGCGAUUAAAGUAAUAAAAUUAGAACCAGGCGAAGAUUUUGCUGUUGUGCAGCAGGAAAUCAUUAUGAUGAAAGACUGUAAGCAUGCAAACAUUGUUGCUUAUUUUGGCAGCUAUCUCAGACGUGAUAAACUGUGGAUUUGCAUGGAGUUCUGUGGAGGUGGUUCAUUGCAGGACAUUUACCAUGUAACUGGACCUCUUUCGGAGCAGCAAAUUGCUUAUGUUAGCAGAGAAACACUACAGGGAUUAUAUUACCUUCACAGUAGAGGAAAAAUGCACAGAGACAUAAAGGGAGCAAAUAUUCUUUUAACUGAUAACGGCUAUGUGAAAUUAGCUGAUUUUGGAGUAGCAGCACAAAUAACAGCUACAAUUGCUAAAAGGAAAUCUUUCAUUGGAACACCAUAUUGGAUGGCCCCUGAAGUUGCUGCAGUUGAAAGGAAGGGUGGCUAUAAUCAGCUCUGUGACCUAUGGGCUGUUGGAAUAACUGCUAUAGAACUAGCAGAACUUCAGCCCCCUAUGUUUGACUUGCAUCCUAUGAGAGCACUCUUUCUAAUGACAAAAAGCAACUUUCAGUCUCCCAAGCUAAAGGACAAAAUGAAAUGGUCAAAUAGCUUCCACCAUUUUGUGAAAAUGGCACUUACAAAGAAUCCUAAGAAAAGACCCACAGCUGAAAAACUAUUACAGCAUCCUUUUGUUACCCAGCCCUUGACCCGGACGCUUGCUAUUGAACUGUUGGAUAAAAUGAAUAAUCCUGAUCAUUCCACCUAUCAUGAUUUUGAUGAUGAUGAUCCUGAGCCUCUUCUUGUGCCUCAUAGAAUUCAUUCGACAAGCAGAAAUGUGAGGGAAGAAAAAACACGCUCUGAAAUAAACUUUGGCCAAGUAAAAUUUGAUCCACCUUUAAGAAAGGAGACAGAGCCUCAUCAUGAGUUUCCCGUCAGUAACGAUUUUUCGGACAGUUCAGAAGAAAUAUACUACACUGCAAGAUCUAAUCUGGAUUUGCAACUAGAAUAUGGUCAAGGUCCCCAAGGCAGUUACUUCUUGGGUGGAAAUAAGAGCCUUCUAAAAUCAGUUGAAGAAGAACUGCAUCAGCGGGGACAUGUCGCACAUCUGGAAGAUGAGGAAGAAGGGGACAGUGAUGACGCUAAACAGACAGUACUGGAGUUUGGAAAAAGAAAAUCAAGGAGGAAAAAUGUGAUUCCCCAGCAAUAUGUAGGGAGUCCAAUCAAUACCAUAAACCCAAACUCUGGCUCAACUAUGAAGGCUAAAGUGCCACCACCUUUACCGCCAAAGCCUAAAUCCAUCUACGUACCACAGGAGAUGCAUUCUUCUGAGGAUGAUAAUCAAGGAACCAUCAAAAGAUGUCCUGUUUCAGAAAGUCCUGCAAAAUCAAACACCCAAGUACCACCCAGACCACCACCACCUCGGUUACCACCACAGAAAUCUCAUGCUUUAGGUAAUGGAUUGAAUUCUGUCCAGACAAAUGGCGACAGAGAAGGAUCUCCCCAUCAAGAGCCAAAUGAGAAUAGACACACAAAUCUCUCUAGAAGAGAAAAGAAGGAAGUUCUGAAACCAAUUAGUAAUGGUCUUCCUCCUACACCAAAAGUGCAUAUGGGUGCUUGCUUUUCAAAGGUUUUCAAUGGAUGCCCCUUGAAAAUUCAUUGUGCAACUUCAUGGAUAAAUCCUGAUACAAGAGACCAGUACUUGAUAUUUGGUGCUGAGGAAGGGAUUUACACCUUAAACCUUAAUGAGCUCCAUGAAACAUCAAUGGAACAGCUGUUUCCCCGACGGUGCACGUGGCUGUACGUUAUGAACAAUUGUUUGCUAUCGAUAUCUGGUAAAGCUUCUCAGCUUUAUUCCCAUAAUUUGCCGGGUUUAUUUGAUUAUGCAAGGCAAAUGCAAAAAUUACCUGUGGCUAUCCCAGCGCACAAACUUCCUGACAGAAUACUCCCCAGGAAGUUUGCAGUGUCAACCAAAAUUCCAGACACAAAGAUGUGUCAGAAGUGUUGUGUGGUGAGGAAUCCUUACUCAGGACACAAAUACCUUUGUGGGGCCCUGCAGUCUAGUAUCAUUCUAUUAGAGUGGGUUGAGCCAAUGCAGAAAUUCAUGUUGAUCAAGCACAUAGACUUUCCUGUACCUUGUCCACUGAGAUUGUUUGAGAUGCUGGUAGUACCUGAGCAGGAAUUCCCUCUGGUUUGUGUCGGUGUGAGUAAAGGGAAAGACUUCAACCAGGUGGUGAAGUUUGAAACAGUCAACCCAAAUUCUACCUCUUCAUGGUUUACAGAAACAGAUACUACACAGACAAACGUUGCGCAUGUAACACAAUUGGAGAGAGAUACCAUUUUAGUCUGUUUGGAUUGCUGUAUAAAAAUUGUAAAUUUGCAAGGCAGAUUAAAAUCUAGUCGGAAACUGUCCUCGGAACUCACAUUCGAUUUCCAGAUCGAAACAAUAGUUUGCCUACAAGAUAGUGUUCUGGCUUUCUGGAAACAUGGAAUGCAAGGCAGGAGUUUUCGAUCAAAUGAGAUCACACAGGAAAUUUCCGACAGCACAAGAAUAUUCAGACUCCUUGGCUCUGACAGAGUUGUGGUACUGGAAAGCAGGCCAACAGACAACCCGACAGCCAACAGCAAUCUAUACAUCUUAGCAGGCCAUGAAAAUAGUUACUGAGAAGCAAUAUGCAUGGCGAUUGAAUCAUGAACAGAGAAACACUACUGCUUCAACACUUUAGGAUGGCUGAAAUUGCACAAAAGCUGCAGUACCCCCACUUCAGUUGCUUUGUAAUUUAUUGUGAUGUAUGGGAGAGUGAGUGAGAGCAAGAACUCUUGCCUGAAUGAUACGGACACGCUUAGCACAUUAAUACCACAAAAGUGCUUGAUUCACCAUUAUGUAAUCUUUGUACAUAUGCAGAAUUUUUUUUUCAGUGAAAUGUAUUGCUGAAAGCCUCUCUUGAGUUUAUGUAGAUAGUGGUCAAAUGUCUUAUCUGUAUAAAUGUAAAAAGGUUGCUGAGGACAUAAAAUUGCAUUUGGGGUACUAUUUUAAGGACUCUUUGAGAAUUGGAUGCUAGCGAUAAACACAGCACAUUUAAUAACACUAUUGUAUUUUAUUAUGUAAUUUACUAAUACAAAUAAACCUUACCUUUUUAGACAUUGUAACCAAGACUGCAAUCCUAUUACGAUCUUGUUUUUAAUUAUAUGCAAGUACACUGGUGUUUUUGGUUGCACAAAGUAUUAAUAUGUGAUGUAUUUAGUCACAAACGUAAGCUGUGACAUUGUGAAUAUGAUUUGGGCGUUAUAAUUUUAGGAGUUUGGGGUAGUUUUCUUUGUGAAACCAGCCAGUUGAACACCUGUAUUUUUAUAUUUAAGGAAAAUUCUUUAAUUAUUUUCUGUGCUUGGGGGCAGGGGAGUACAUAAUUUGGAAUGGGAAUAAAUCCUGAAUAGUGGUACCUUGCCGUAAUUCUAAAUGUCUGCAGUGGUAAAAUUAGCAUUAUUAUGAGUCUUUGUUAACCAGUGCUGCUCAUAUCAUGCAAAAAAAACAGCAACAAAUUACAGCAUUUUACAUCAUGGAAGUGGUUGAAAUACUUUGGGAUGGAUCCAAAUCGCCACCUGCAAAAGUAUCCUGUUCAGUACUUGCAAAAUAUUCCUUAGCACUUGCAUUAAGAUGAAGGUGUGCAUUUUCCUCAUUAAGAUGUUGAUAACUGACUUGGAAGGACAGAAUGAGUUAACAUCCACACUGAAUUGCCAAUGUACCCAUUUGGAGCUGCAGAGCUGUUCUGCGGUUCUUAUAGGAUAACUUUGUACCAUAGGAUCCCAUACCGGUUCCUAAUCUCCUUACAUGGUGGGAUCUUGUAGGUUUUUCAAGCUCUGUUCCAGGGAACCCCAGAAUUCCUUGGAUUCUUCGCAGGGGGCUUCUCCCUGAGAUGAUCGGUAAUAGUGGAAAGCAUUCCUGAAGGACAGCAUGCUUACCCCUACUGAUUUUCCCCCUUGCCAUGAGCAGUUGCAGAGAGUAUAAGAUGGGCAGCACUAAGGCCCAGUCAGUGUGCCUAGCUAGCAGCCGUGUGUUCACUGAGUGUGCAACACAUACAGUGCCCAAGAUUCCUUUGCAAACAUGCAGAGCUUCAUCAGCAGACAAGCUGAUUUCUCUCAAGGCAGAACGCUUGAAAUCUGCUGCCAUAAGAGGUUGCACAUACAGAAUAGCUGUUCUGAAUAGAAAAAGAGUUGUUGAAUGGAAUAAUUGUCUUAAUUUGGCCUGUUUGGGGCUUUUUUGCUUUUAUUUUUUUUAAUGGCCUUAUUUUCACUUUUUUUAAUGUCUUAACACCCGGCCAAAUGAUUUAGUUACUACCUCACGCAAAUGAUUUUAAUGGUUUUUAUUACACAUCACAGGAAUUUUAGUUUUGAGGAAACCUAUUUUAGAUUUUUUUUUUCCCCAGUGCAGUAUGUAAAUGCCAAGUUUGAGAAAAAUGCACAUACUGGCGCUUUUUUUUUUUGUAUAAGUUCUUUAUACUGUGAUAUAGACUAAGAACAAAACUACAUUAAGAAGUGAUUUAUGGUCUGUAUUGAUGUUGUUAAUGCUUUUGAAUAUUUCAUAAUGUAUAUAAUGUAAAAUAAACUUUUUUUAACAUGUUUGUUGUACAAGUGGAUUAUCAUCUGCACUAAUUUUCUGAUCGGGGAAAAGUUUUCUUAACUGAAAUCAGUUUUGAUUCCAAUAAAAAUGCAGAAAGAAUAAAAAUUAAGAUGACUUUA